UGCACAAUGCCGACGCCUCAGCCGAAAAACAUAGAAGAUGAUGUAAAAAUGAAAUGGGAAUGUUCCCCCGAAGUAAGCCUUGGAUCGCCGAUGAACAGUGAGACAGUGACCGGGAGUUAUCGGGGGCAGGAUUGGGCUGGUUUAGUGGGAAACACGAUCGCGACUGGCUCUGGGAGCAGUCUCGGAGACGCCAUUUUGAGUUCAGUCUUCUCACAUCCCAGCUCACCACAACAUCAGCCUAAUGUUUCACACAGUGGAGAGAUGGAACACCAUGGGAAUGAUGCGAUCCACACCGCAGAACAGGAAUCCAGUUUUUACAAACUUUCAAGACACGCUAGUGAGAAACCCUACAUGUGUGGGGAGUGUGGGUACAGGGCAGCUAAAAAGUCUUGUGGGCACAGGACAACUUCCAAGUCUGUCUUAUCCCAACAUAUGAGAACCCACACAGGAGAAAAACCCUACAAGUGUGAUCAGUGUGACUAUUCUGCUUCAGUGAAGUCCAGAUUGGUCCAUCAUUUAACACAACAUACUGACGAAAAACCUUAUUUAUGUGAUGAGUGUGGGUACAGGACAGCUGACAAGUCUAAUUUAUCCCGACAUAUGAGAACCCAUACAGGAGAAAAACCCUACAAGUGUGGUGAGUGUGGGUACAGGACAGCUAAAAAGUCUCAUUUAACCAGUCAUAUGAAAACCCACACAGGAGAGAAACCUUACAAGUGUGACCAUUGCGAUUAUUCUGCAGCAGAAAAAUCCUAUUUGCACUGUCAUUUUUUAAGAAAACAUACAGGUGAAAAACCCUAUUUAUGUGAUGAGUGUGGGUACAGGACAGCUGACAAGUCUAACUUAUCCCGUCAUAUGAGAACCCAUACAGGAGAAAAACCCUACAAGUGUGACCAGUGUAACUAUUCUACAGCAAUGAAAUCCAAAUUGGUCCGUCAUUUAACACAACAUACCGGUACUGUCGAAAAACCCUAUUUAUGUGAUGAGUGUGGGUACAGGACAGCUGAAAAGUCUAAUUUAUCCCGACAUAUGAGAACCCAUACAGGAGAAAAACCUUACAAGUGCGACCAGUGCGAUUAUUUUUCAGCACAGAAAUCCAAAUUGGUCCGUCAUUUAACAAAACACACUGGAGAGAAACCUUACAUGUGUGGGGAGUGUGGGUACAGGACAGCUGACAAGUCAAACUUAUCCCAACAUAUGAGAAUCCACACAGGAGAAAAACCCUACAAGUGUGACCAGUGUGACUAUUCUACAGCAGUGAAAUCCAAAUUGGUCCGUCAUUUAACACAACAUACCGGUACUGUCGAAAAACCGUAUUUUUGUGAUCAUUGUGGGUACAGGGCAGCUGAAAAAUCUAGGUUAUCCCAACAUAUGAGAAUUCACACAGGACAAAAACCUUACAAGUGUGACCAGUGUGACUUUUCUACAGCACAGAAAUCGAAUUUGGACCAACACCAUGUUGCCAAACACACAGGUGAGAAACCCUACAUGUGUGGUGAGUGUGGGUACAGGGCAGCUUACAAGUCUGACUUAUCCAAACAUAUGAGAACCCACACAGGAGAAAAACCAUACAAGUGUGACCAGUGUAACUAUUCUACAGCAGUGAAAACCAAUUUGGCCCGUCAUUUAACACAACAUACUGACGAAAAAAACUUUUUAUGUGGUGAAUGUGGGUACAGGACAGCUGACAAAUAUAACUUAACCCGGCAUAUGAGAAACCAUAUGGGAGAAAAACCAAAGAAUUACAAUUGUGACUAUUGUGACUAUUCUGCAGCAGAGAAAUCCACUUUGCACUAUCAUCUAACAAAACACACCGGUGAGACACAGAAAGACCAUUAG